CUACAUCAGUGGCAUUUCAACCUGAUGACAAAGCCUUCAACGCGGUAGUUUGACUUGAGAUCUGUGAUUUUAUUUAAAUGUGUAUGGUUAUAUUUGCUCCGAUCUUUGCCAUCUGUGCUUUUGCAACAUGUGGAGGAUACCAUGGUCACCUCCAGGCUAAAGUGGACUGUGCAGACAGGAGGAGGAACAAUAACCUCAGCAUCAACAUUGAGUUUGGCUAUCCCUUUCGAUUAAAAGACGUGCAUUUCAAGGCUCCCUUGUGCGAGGGAAGGAGCGUAGAGAUUCUAUUACUGGAUGGCGACUUUUCCUUACCUGCUCAGUUUUUUCUGACUGUUGGAGUGUUUGCUUUUCUGUACUCUCUGCUGGCAACAGUCGUCUAUGUCUUCUACCAAAACAAAUACCUGAAGAACAACAGAGGCCCGCUUGUGGAUUUUGUUGUUACAAUCAUCUUCUCCUUUAUGUGGCUGAUCAGCAGUUGUUGUUGGGCCAAAACUCUUUCUGAUAUCAAGACAGCCACAAAUCCUACACAGGUGCUACUGCUCAUCUCAGCCUGCAGAUCUCCGGAAAACAAAUGUACAGCUACCCAGGAACCUUUCUGGUCACGUCUUAAUACAUCCGCGGUUUUUGGCUUUGUCAAUGUUCUCCUCUGGGUUGGGAAUAUCUGGUUUGUCUUCAAAGAGACAGGCUGGUACAAGACAGGUCAGCGAUAUCCAACCAGGAGCGCUUCUGGGAAACGUUCCAGCGAAAUGCGACAGCGGCUCUACAGUGAGAGCAGCUUUGACCUGCCAGAGGAAAGUUCUGGUCCACAACUAACCAGACAAAACAGUUUCAAUCUGUCAAAGGGGGAUUUUGGUCAGCAUGUCUAUACCCCAAAUAGCUUUGGCCCGUCACAAGUAACUUUGAGCUUACCACAAGCAUAUCAUGGCAAACCAAGGGAGAUUAAUGUGGCUUCACAAGGGCCGAUGAUAUUUGUCAAUGAGAUGUGAUACUGCAAGAAUAUUGCUGUACAUGGUUAAAUCGAUGGAAACUUGUUAUUGACACAGACCUAUUCCAUUUAUAAAUUCACAAUUAUUUAGCUAUAGAUACUGCUAUGAGGAAAGUACUAUUAUGGCUUUUCAGUAUUGUCUUUUAAUGUUCAAUUUCUUUUAUAUCAAUGAUCCCAGUGGCUGUUAAGUGCAUUGCAUUGAUAUGCCCAAAACUCCUACAGCUAGAUUGAGUAUCCUGUUGAAUCAGACAAAAUAGUGUUAGAUUUACACAAGACUGAAUUUGACUUAUCAAGUUAGUGCUACAUUUAUACUUGUAUCAUUACCUCUAGGCUAAAAUUAACACUGAUUUUUUAAAACAAAAGUAAGUAGUA